AUGAGUGUUAAUGGAGUUGCUGGAAUAGUAGCCUUUAAACCCAUUCCAGCCAAUUCAGAAAUUUCAAUAUGCUAUUUCCUACCUUAUUGGGAUUUACCGAGAGGUAUGCGGCAAAAUUUUCUUUCCAAAGGUUUCUCAUUCCAAUGCAAAUGCGAUGCUUGUGUUAAGAAUUGGCGAGUUGUUAAAGCCCACAAUGCAUUGGCCCUCUGUCCUGGUUGCAAGAGAGGCAACAAACGCAUAUGCAAGUCAAGUUUGCCAGCCUUGAAAUUCUACAAUAAAUUGGUUCACAAAUAUCUGCCGGAAAUAGAAAGAUUGAGGGAUCAGAAGAACACCAGCUCCCAAUCGAUUGCAUACAUAACGAAAGUGAUCAAUCAGAUUGACGCCUUUAUUGUACCGCCAUCUGAUGUGUUAGCAAAAGUGAAAAAAGCCUAUGAAUACCUAAUUAAAUUGAGGUAUAGUUCUUGGACCCAGGUACCCAAAGAAAUGGCCCCAUUUUAA